AGCUAAUCUCCGUCUUGCUGCCCAGGCCCCACCCCCCUUCCCUCAUCAUAACUUGUGAUCUUAGAGGCAUGAAAGAAUUUGAGCCCCUCCCCCAGCCUGACCAUCUCUGUUGGCUGCUCAGCCAGGCUCCAUGUCAAAUCCAGCUUGGGGCACAAACCCGAGGGCCACACAGGAGGUGGUGGGCUUGCAGGCAGGUUCCUAACCCAGUGGCCAUGGGUGGCAACAGUGGGCAGCCUGGCAUUCACACCUGUAAGUCCCUAGCUGAGGAUGGCCCCUUUGGCUCCGUGGAGCCGCCCAAAAGAUCCACGGGCAGUCUCGUCUUGCACAGCAUGGCCAUGUUUGGCCGGGAGUUUUGCUAUGCGGUGGAGGCGGCCUACGUGACCCCAGUCCUGCUCAGCGUGGGCCUGCCCAAGCGUCUGUACAGCGUGGUGUGGCUGCUCAGCCCCAUCCUGGGAUUCCUGCUGCAACCUGUGGUGGGAUCGGCCAGCGACCACUGCCGGGCCAGGUGGGGCCGGCGGAGACCCUACAUCCUCACCCUGGGCAUCAUGAUGCUCUUGGGCAUGGCCCUGUACCUCAACGGGGACACUGUCACAUCAGCUUUGAUUGCUGACCCAAGGAGGAAGCUGAUUUGGGCCAUCGCCAUCACCAUGAUAGGGGUGGUUCUCUUUGAUUUUGCUGCUGACUUCAUUGAUGGGCCCAUCAAAGCCUACUUAUUUGAUGUCUGCUCCCAUCAGGACAAGGAGAGGGGCCUCCACUAUCACGCUCUCUUCACAGGUCUCGGAGGUGCCCUGGGUUACAUUUUGGGUGCCACUGACUGGGCCCAUCUGAAACUGGGAAGAAUGCUGGGCACAGAAUUCCAGGUCAUGUUCUUCUUCUCUGCCUUGGUGCUCACUUUGAGUUUUAUUAUUCAUCUGUGCAGUAUCCCUGAAGCCCCACUGAGAGAUGUUGCAAAGGACAUUCCCCCACAGCAAGGCCCCCAGGACCUUCCAUUGUCAUUAGACAAAAUGUACGAGUAUGGGUCUAUCGAGAAAGUUAAAAACGGUUAUAUAAACCCAGAGAUGGCGCUGCAGGGAGAAAAAAACAAAAAUGCUGCUGAGCAGACUCGGAGGACAAUGACCUUGAAGUCACUGCUGAGGGCGCUGGUGAGUAUGCCACCCCACUACCGCUACCUUUGCAUCAGCCACCUCAUUGGAUGGACCGCCUUCCUGUCCAACAUGCUAUUCUUCACAGAUUUCAUGGGCCAGAUUGUGUACCAUGGGGAUCCCUAUAGUGCACACAACUCCACAGAGUUUCUCAUCUAUCAAAGAGGGGUCGAGGUUGGAUGUUGGGGUUUGUGCAUCAACUCCAUGUUUUCCUCACUUUAUUCUUACUUUCAGAAAUUUUUGGUAUCCUACGUUGGGUUAAAGGGUCUUUACUUCACGGGGUAUUUGCUGUUUGGCCUGGGGACGGGAUUCAUCGGGCUCUUCCCCAAUGUCUACUCCACCCUGGUCCUGUGCGCCUCGUUCGGUGUGAUGUCCAGCACUCUGUACACCGUGCCCUUUAACCUCAUUGCCGAGUACCACCGUGAGGAGCAGAAGCAGAGGCAGCAGGCCCCAGGAGGGGACCUGGACAGCAGAGGGAGAGGGCAGGGCCUGGACUGCGCCGCCCUCACCUGCAUGGUGCAGCUGGCUCAGAUCCUGGUCGGAGGUGGCCUGGGCUUCCUGGUCAACAUAGCCGGGAGCGUCGUCGUCGUGGUGAUAACGGCAUCUGCAGUGGCACUGAUCGGCUGUUGCUUUGUGGUUCUCUUUGUUAGAUACGUGGAUUAG